AACGCAGUCCUUCCUCUCAUCUACCUUCCAUCUACCUUCCAUCAUGGCCCAAGACGAGCUCAUUGACUCUCACGUCUCAAAAUCACAAUGCGAAAAGGCUAUCACCGCUCUCCUAAAGCACGCAACAAAGAUUGCAAAGCAGAAGGAAAAUACUGAGUUGCUGCCAGGAAAGGAGGAGAAUAUCUGGCUCGUGCUGUCUGUGAAGAAAGUCAUACCAGAGAAGAAGCUGAAACCGUUCAAAAUACCUUUAGCGCAUCCCAUAGUCGACCCACGCACGUCCUCAGUCUGCCUCAUUACGAAGGAUCCGCAGCGAGAGUAUAAAGACCUCCUCGAGUCGCAUAAAAUCAAGUUCAUAAGUCGCGUGGUAGGAGUCACGAAACUGAAAGGAAAAUUCAAGCCAUUUGAGGCUCGACGAAUGCUUCUGAAGGAGAAUGACCUUUUCCUCGCUGAUGACCGUGUUGUUCCUUUACUGCCCAAGUUGUUAGGGAAAAUGUUCUUUAAUGCCAAAAAACAACCUAUUCCUGUAUCUCUUACCAAAAAGGACCUGAAGACGGAACUCGAGCAGGCUAUCUCAUCCACUUACAUGCACCAAAAUCAGGGCACUUGCACAUCCAUUAAAAUAGGCACCAUCUCCCAGUCGCCCGCCAUCCUAUUAGAAAAUCUGCAAUCCGCACUUCCAGCUAUCGUCAAGCGUAUCAACGGUGGAUGGGAUAACCUCCAAAGCUUCCACAUUAAAACGAACUCAAGUACGAGCUUGCCUGUCUGGUUAUGUGAUCUUGGAGAAGGAGAAAAUGGGCGAUGGAGUGAACAAAAGGAGAUGGACGAAGUUAAGGAGCAGCCCGGGGAGGAGAGUGACGCAGACUCAGAGCCGACUACAAAAUCAGCUACGAAGAAAGGGAAGAAACGUAUGGCCGCAGAGGAAGUUGAACAACCUAGUAAGAAGGCGAAGAGUAUAUCCCAGCCAGACGUUGAAAAGCCCAGUCGAAAGGCCACGAAGGCUAAGAAGAACAGUACAGUCGACGAGGAAAGCGACUCCGACGGAGGACCAACUACGACAUCAGUUACGAAAAAGGGACAAAAGCGUGUAGUUGCAGAGGAUAGCGAUCCAAUCAGCAAGAAAGCCAAGAAAUCCCAGCCGAAGGUGGAAAAAUCUAGCCAAAAGCCGUCGAAGCAAUCGAAGAACGUAAAGGCUAACGAAGAAGGCGAUUCUGACGAGGAGCGAACCACGUCACCUGCUGUAGCGAAAGGAAAGAAGCCUAUAACUGCAACGGAAAGCGAUUCGGUUGGUAAGAAGACGAAGAAGCCAAGUAAGCCAAAAGAGGAAAACCUUGGUCCCACGGAACCUACAAAAGUCACAGGGCACGCUGCACAAAGCCCAGCACAAGCACCCUUAAAGUCAGGUCAUACGUCAGAGGAAAUCAAGAAGAAACGUGCAGGGGAAAGCUUGUCGAAGAAGAAGGAGAAGGUAGUGAAGAAACGAGUCGGUGGGAGUAUCAAGGAGAAUGUACUUGGUGGAAAGGCUUCAUCGCGGAUGUAAUUCCUUUGUAUAUACCGUGGCUCACUCGUUUCUCUUAAAUGUUCGGAUAUGAGAUAGACGAGGUCCUGUACUGGAACACUGAGCAAUGCUCAGUGUGUUCAUAUGAAAAAUAGCUAGUCGUGAAGGACACCUAAGUCCCUCCUAUUCAUGCAUUUCAAUUGGACUAGGUAUUGCUUAUUUUUCGUUUUCGCUGAGCUUCGACGACA